GAUGGUCACAUGAUUAACAAUUAAAACUCACAUUUAAACUAUUAGAUUAAAAUAAGAUGAAAGGUGGAGAUUUGGAGUAAGUCUAUAAAUAUACUCUUAGAGUCAAAAUAUCCCUCCCCUUAUUAUAAAAUGUUAAUAAAAUUUUGAUUGUAACCGGAUAUUUUAAAGGUGUAACUAGAAAAAGUCUUCUAAAAAUCAAAAUGUUUGAAUAGGUGGUCACAUUUAAUUUAAUUUAAUUAUUUUAUGCGAAGGAACAUGUGAAAAACCAAAGAGAGAAAUGAGGAAAUUGUUUUUUACCAACUUCACUACAUACGAAAAAAAUACUUUUUUGUAGGAAUUGAUAGUGGUUGUAGUUUUGUUCACACUCUUAUAAUCACUUUUUUUUUUUCCACCCAUUUCCUUUGGCUUUAAGCACCACCUUCAUAAUCGCUUUUUCCCCCAAUUCUUCUGGUUUUUAAGCACCAUCUCCAUCUUCAUCUUCCUCACUCAUUUCAUUCCACACCAACCCUCUUUCUUUCUUCAUCCUUCACUUACUCACAGUCACAUAUAGCCACACUAACACCAUUCACAAAGAAAAGCCACUUCCUUUAGCAAAACCCAUUUUCACGUUUUCACCAAAACCCAUUUUCUCAUCUAAAGUUUUCACCUUUCUGCUUUAUCAUGAACAUUCAACCCAAAGUUGAACCUGGGUCACCACCAGGUUUCCAUUCCACAAAUCCUAACGACUUUGAAAAAAAGAGUAUUCAUGAGCUUGUUAUGGUGUUACGUGGAACGUGUCAAUUGGAAAUUUUUGAUAGUGUUGAAGCUGUUUUGGAGAAUAGGUAUAUGAGACUCAGAGAAGAGCUUCAACUGGAGAAACUCUCAAGGUUGUACGCUGAGUCUGAGUUUAAGAAAAGAGAAGAGAUUUGUGAGAAAGGGAAGAAAGUUCAAGAAAGUUAUGAAGCACUUUUGAAAGAAGUUAAGGUGAAUGGAUUAGCUAAUAGUGAUACUAUUGAAGAGCUAAGUAGGAAGAAAAUUGAUUUGGAGGUAGAAGUUGAAAAGUUGAAGGAGAAAUGUUUUGAUGGUAGCAAUGAAAUUUAUGUGUUAAGAAGAAAGAAUGGUGAAUUAGAGUCUGAAAUUUUGGAGUUGAGGAAGUUGAAUGAAAAGAGGAUGGGGGAUAAUAAUGAACUUGGUGUAUUGAGGAAAAUGAUUGGUAAAUUGGAGCAUGAAGUUUCGGAGUUGAGGAAAUCGAAGAAGAAAUGGUUAGAUGAUGGCAAUGCUUUUGAUGCGCUUAGAAAUAAGGUUCGUGUAUUGGAGGGUGAUAAGAAUGCUUUGGCUGGGGUUGAGGUUAAAAAUGGCGAAUUGAAGGAAAUAGUGAAGAAAUAUAAGGAAACUAUAAGUAGGUUGGGGAAAGAAAAGAGUAAGUUGGCUGAUGAGAAACGUAAGAUUGAGAUAUUGCUUGGGUCUAUGUACAAAAAGUUUAAAGGACUGCUUGGAAGACUUUCGGGGUUGGAGGAUGAUACCAAACUUUUGAAGAGUGUAGGUGCCUCUGGUGGUGGUAGUAAUGAGGGGAAGUCACAUGUUGAUCCUAUGGCUGCUAAUAUUGAAGACAGAGAUGAAGAGGAUUUUCUUGACGAUGAGUUAGAAAAUGACACUGUUGAGGAGGCUGCUCCUUUACAGACAAAUGAAGAUGCUAAUCACACUCUUGGAGUUGCUGCUAGUACUCAACCGCAGAGCAAAGGGAACAAGGAUGUGCAAGGUUCAUCAUCAGCUAGUGGAAGAGUGAAACUGGAUAAGAAUAUUGAGGUCAUAUACCUUGACGACGACGAUGUUGGGUCUAUGUCUCGAGGAGUACAUGAAAAGAAAGCUUUUUUUGGAUUUGCUGCGAAGAAUGAGGUUCCAAGUCCAUCCGUGGCAACACAACAAAAAAGCAAAUUUCCCAAUGCAGUUGACACUGUUAAAAGAAAAUUUUCUUUGAGCGACAUUGAAAUCUCCAGUGCCAGUUCUUCAUCCUCCGACGAUUCGUCAUUUCUCGAUGAUCUUACAAUAAGGUCUGUGGUAUCACUUGAAAGAAGGAAAAAAAGUAGGCAGACGGAGCAGGCCUGAACUAUUAGCCAAAGUAAUUGGGCUAUAACAUGAUAUAUAUAUAUAUAUAUAUAUCCUUGUUAGCCACAUGACCUUUUGUUAGGUUUUAUCGAAGAGUUGACUCAUCCUUUUGUUAGGUCUUAGUUUUGAAAAUAUAUAACAAUGUUUGGUUAUUGUUAGGUUUUUAUUGAACAAUUAACUCAUCAGAGCCAUGGUACAUUUAUUAUUCUCUAGA